AUGAACUCCCUCCGGUUCUCCCUUCGCCCGUGUGCUUCCAUAUCCGCCGCCACCAGAUCUUCUUCCUCUUCCUCAGCCUCGUCUCUCGCGCGUCGUGCUGCUGUUUUCUCAUUCACAUCUACAAUCUCGGUCCCUUCCGCUGGCUCCUCCCGAACUUCGACCUUCCCUCGAUCCGCCUUCAUCCAAUCUAGAACCAUGUCGUCCUCCGUCAACAAGAUCAAGGUCAAGAACCCCGUCGUCGAGCUCGACGGCGACGAGAUGACCCGCGUCAUCUGGCAGGACAUCAAGGACAAGUUCAUCUACCCGUACCUCGACAUCAACCUCAAGUACUAUGACCUCGGCCUCGAGUACCGCGACCAGACCAACGACCAGGUCACCCUCGACGCCGCCGAGGCCAUCAAGAAGUACAGCGUCGGCGUCAAGUGCGCCACCAUCACCCCGGACGAGGCGCGCGUGGAGGAGUUCAAGCUGAAGCAGAUGUGGCUCUCGCCCAACGGCACCAUCCGCAACAUUCUCGGCGGCACCGUCUUCCGCGAGCCCAUCGUCAUCCCCCGCGUGCCCCGCCUCGUGCCCGGGUGGAAGAAGCCCAUCAUCAUCGGCCGCCACGCCUUCGGCGACCAGUACCGCGCCAAGGACCGCGUCAUCCCCGGCGAGGGCACGCUGAAGAUGGUCUUCACCCCCAAGGGCGGCCAGCCCGAGGAGAUCGAGGUCUUCGAGUUCAAGAACGGCGGCGGCGUCGCCCAGACCCAGUACAACACGGACGAGUCCAUCACCGGCUUCGCCCACGCCUCCUUCAAGCUCGCCCUCGACAAGGGCCUCCCCCUCUACAUGAGCACCAAGAACACCAUCCUCAAGAAGUACGACGGCCGCUUCAAGGACAUCUUCCAGGAGCUCUACGACACCCAGUACAAGAAGGAAUUCGAGGCCAAGGGCAUCUGGUAUGAGCACCGCCUCAUCGACGACAUGGUCGCCCAGAUGGUCAAGAGCUCGGGUGGCUACAUUAUGGCUCUGAAGAACUACGACGGUGACGUCCAGUCCGAUGUCGUCGCUCAGGGCUUCGGCUCUCUCGGCCUCAUGACCUCCGUUCUCAUCACCCCCGACGGCAAGACCUUCGAGUCCGAGGCCGCCCACGGCACCGUCACCCGCCACUACCGCGAGCACCAGAAGGGCAACGAGACCUCCACCAACCCCAUCGCCUCCAUCUUCGCCUGGACCCGUGGCCUGAUCCAGCGUGGCAAGCUCGACGACACCCCCGAGGUCGUCGCCUUUGCCGAGUCGCUUGAGAAGGCCUGCAUCGACACCGUCGAUGUUGACGGCAUCAUGACCAAGGACCUUGCCCUCGCCUGCGGCAAGACCGCCCGCAGCGACUACGUCACCACCACCGAGUACCUCAACGCUGUCGAGAGGAGGAUGAAGCAGAUCCUCAAGGAGAAGCUGUAA